AUGAGGAGCAACAAGGACACGAGCCCAAGAAAGACUCAACCAAGCCUAAGAGCUACAAAUCUACUCGUGAGCACCCUGGCUGCUCUCGAGGAGAGGCUCUCAAAGGCAGAGACGAAGGUUGCUUACCACAUCGUUAUGUUUGAAGAUGUGGAGACAUACAUCACUCAAGUCUGCGAGGAGGUGCAAACCUUGGAGGAAAGUGUGGGAAGUUUGAAGGUAGACGUGCAAGGUGUGGCGCUCGAAUGA